AUGGAGUUUGGAUUGACUGAGGAGCAAGUGCGUGUGUACACUGAGGCCUUCAAUGACAUGGACAAGAACCACACCGGGGUUCUCCAACCAACGGAGCUGGGCAUCCUGAUGAGAUCGCGUGGGCACACCCUCUCGGACGAGGACAUGCGCGAUCUGGCUGCUGACAGGCAUGGGACCGUCACACUUGCAGAUUUUCUGCAAAUCAUGGCCAAGCGGGAGCAGGAUGUGGUCUUGCAACAGAAGCUGGCCCAAGCUUUUGCUGUGUUUGACAAAGACGGAAGUGGCUUCAUUAGCGUCAACGCAGAGAGCGACUUCCGGAAGCAAAUGACGUCUCUGGGAAGUAGCCCGUUUACCGACGAGCAGUUCGAGAAUUUCUUGAGCGAGUAUCGGGCUGAGGCUGCCUCGCAGCAUCCAGCUGAACAGGAUGGCUUGGUGGACUACCAGGCCUGA